AUGUCUGAAUCAUUUGCCCUGAUGCGCCGCCGCCGCAGCGAUGAGCUUGCCAAGCUUGCCGAUGAGCAUCUCCAACAUGACCUUCAAGCUGAUGACCGCGAUGCGCUCAGGUCCGCCGCAUCCACCGUUUCAAUGUGGACAACGGUUGGGUCGGCGGUCGGUCUUGGACUUGGAUUGUUCGCUGCCAUUCGAUUGAGAAGCACGCGCAAGGCCUUCUUCGACGCCAUUCGAGCCCAAGAACGACCUACCAAGGUUGUCUUCGCAGAUGGACGUACCGAGUCUCUUCCGGAUUUGACGCCCAUGCUGAAGCCCUCCACGCUGGGUGACGUUGCGACUUAUUUCUUUGCCUCCCUCGGGGGACUGUUCCUCGGUGGAGAACUGGGCUUUGCAGGUGGAGCGGCUAGUGGUAGCCGGACCAUCACGGCUGAUCCCGAGAGGAGGAGGCGGAUCGAGACUGCCUUCCGCAAGUUCAGGGCAGAUGUUCUGCGUAGGGAAGCAGAUUCGUUGGAUAAGGGAGCCAGUGUGUCGGAGAUGAUGUUUUAG